AUGGAACAGCUGAAGGACGACUUCAAAACAGAACGCACCAACUGGGAAACCGAAAAGGCUGCUUUGUUAAAGCGGGCUGAAGAGGCCGAAGCAGCUCUUAAACUGGUAGAGGAAGAGCUGACUGGGCUGAAGCAUCAAGUGAACACUGUGACAGCUGCAGUUUUUGGUACCCGCAUUGCUCAUCUAGGCACAGACAUGCAGAUGAAGUUGAAGGCAGCAUACACUUUGAUUGAGCAAUUCCACCGUGGACGCAGAGCGUCCGUCAACGGCGCCGAUGGCCACGGGGCAGCCAUCCGGCAGCUCCCCGACGCCUACAAGACCUGCCCCGCGGCGCCCCGAACCCUAGAUCGCCUCCCCUCCCCGCUCUCGCCCCUCUCCCUCUCGGUUUUCCUCGCGCCCGAGCUACUCUCACCGCGCUCAUCGUCUUCGUCGUCGUCACGGUGUCCACCGGCCAGCGUUCGUCGUUCCAAGGUCUCCAGGAGACGCGCCUCCGUCGUCCACUUCACCUGCGAGGGCAAGUUCGAGCUGAAGGCCCCCGCUCGUCGCCAACGAACGUCGUCCUCUAGCCCGGCCGGCCCUGUUCGGCGGCGGAUUCGUUGCGUCCCGACCUUCCCCGGCCUCCUCGACCUCGCCACCGACCCCCGCCAUGCUGGAGCCCUGGAGCUAGACGCCACCGUCGACGACGAUUCCUACUACUCUGGAGGUGCCUACUACUACGUUCAGCCCGCCGUCGACCAGGAGUAG